CUUCAUGCUGCCCGAAAAGGAUCUUGGUCCAGAUGUUUGGAAGGCCGGAGUCGAUUGCCUCGAUAGCUUCUCGCAAAUCUUCUUCUAUCGCAACCCCGUGGAGCGCUACACUAGAGCUUAUAACUUGGUGCUGGCCCACGUUUUCAAGCUAUCCAGUCCGGCGGAUCAGAUUCAGGAGGGAUUCAGCAAGCUAAUCAACGAGGCAGCCACGGAUCCCGGGGAACCACAUAGACAGGAACUUUUUCAGAUUCGCGUGAUCUCCAACAAAUCCAACAAGACGAUCAAAAACUUGGGAGAUCUUGUCCUGGCGGAUAACUAUGUGGUAAUUGUGGACUCCGUGGAAACGUUAUCUCAAUUGGUGAGGAAUCACACAGCCAAGAUGAGGUCCUGGAAUCCAGGAGCCCGUUUCCUGGUACUUUUUCACAAUUCACAGUUGUGGAAAAGUCCUAGGAUUGUAGCAGGCAAGAUUUUCAAAACGUUGAUGGAGAAGCUUUAUGUGCAUCGAGUUGCUUUAAUCUUUGCCACCUCCCCUAUGGACUAUAAUCUGUUGGUCAAUGAUUACUAUAGCAAUGUGAACUGUAGGAUUCUGGACAUCCAGAGUGUGGGUCAGUGUCACGAUGGUCAGCUUUAUCCCAGUCCCAAAGUUGUUCACGCAUCCAUGUUGGACUACGUGGCUGGUUUCAGUCCCAAGAACUGCACCUUCUUCGUCUGCUCCUCCAUCUCGGCCCCCUUUGUGGAGGCUGACUGCAUCCUGGGCCUCGAGCUGAGGAUCCUCGGAUUCAUGAAAAAUCGGCUGAACUUCUAUGUAAACCAAACCUGCAGUACUGAGUCACGUGGCGAGGUUGAACCCAAUGGCACCUGGACUGGCUUGCUCGGUAAACUGACGAACAACGAGUGCGACUUUAUAAUCGGUGGCUACUAUCCGGACAACGAGGUGGCCGAGGUCUUCUGGGGAUCGGAUACCUAUCUGCAGGAUGCGCACACCUGGUACAUCAAGGUGGCCGAAAGACGACCCGCCUGGCAGGCGAUGGUCGGGAUCUUUGAGCCCUACACCUGGCUGGGCUUUAUCUUGAUUCUCAUUAUCAGCUGGUUGUUCUGGUUUGCGUUGGUCAAGAUACUGCCAGAACCUAAGUACUACCAACAGUUGAGUUUAACGGCCAUCAAUGCCUUGGCUGUAUCGAUUUCAAUAGCCGUUCAGGAGCGACCCAUGUGUGAGUCUACGAGGAUAUUCUUCAUGGGCCUAACCCUUUACGGUCUGAAUGUGGUGGCCACCUACACGUCCAAGAUGAUAGGCACCUUUCAGGAUCCCGGAUACCUUCACCAGCUGGAUGAACUGACGGAGGUGGUGGCAGUGGGGAUACCCUUUGGCGGCCACGAGGAAAGUCGCGAUUGGUUCGAGAACGAGGAUGAUAUGUGGAUCUUCAACGGGUAUAACACCUCACCGGAGUUCGUACCGCAGACGAAGAACCUGGAGGCGGUCAAGUGGGGCAAGCGGUGCAUCCUGAGCAACCGGAUGUACACGAUGCAGAGUGCCCUGGCCGAUGACAUAUACGCCUUUCCCUACAACGUCUUCAGCAGUCCGCUGCAGAUGAUCAUGAAGGCCGGCUUUCCCUUCCUCUUCGAGAUGAACAGAAUCAUCCGGCUGAUGCGGGACGUGGGCAUCUUCCAGAAGAUCGAUGCGGACUUUCGGUACAACAACACGUAUCUGAACAGGAUCAACAAGAUGCGACCCCAGUUCGCGGACACCGACAUUGUCCUGACCACGGAGCAUCUGAAGGGACCCUUUGGCAUCCUGGUGGUGGGCAUCUGCUGCUCCACCCUCACAUUUCUCGGCGAGCUAAUGAUCCGCCAUUGGCCCUGCCAGCUGGUCAGUGGGAGCAGGAAGCAGCAGGAGAGGAAGAGGAAAAAGAGGAGACGCAGGAGGAGGAGGAAGGACCCAAAGGAUGGCCACUGGCAGCGCCAAGUUCAAGUGGCUCCAGUCGUACGAUUUACGCCAGUCAAACGACGCAAAGUUUUCUAGGGACA